UUCACUCCCAUUGGUUCUCAUUUUACCGGAAGUGUACUCAGACACUCUUUUCUGUCUGCUCCGUGGCAUUUUGAAGCAGAGGCUGUGCGCUGCCGCUGGUUUCCCACCAAGCCCGCACCAACAAGCACGUACAGGAAUGGCCAAGGACUGGAAUAUGUGACCACCGCAUGGACCUACACAGAGCAAAUGUAUGAACACACUAACGAGACCUCCACAUUAAAAUGACACCUCAGAUCUCUGAGAUGCUCUGCAAAUCCAGUGCCAAAUAAUGUGAUCAGCGGGGAAGGAGGAUGCAGACUUUCCGAUUAUAGCCUGUAUGCAAGCGUGAUGCCCCGGCGCGGGUUGCCGUUCCAGGGCCGGGUCCGCUGGCUGUUCCUGGGCCUCUUCCUGCUGCUGGUGCUGCUGCUGUUUGCCUACCUGCUGGAGUGCACCCCUCCAGCAGACGUUAGUGUGGAUCUCCCUGGUCUACCAGGGGAGCCUUAUGGAAAGGAGUACUACCAGGCCCUACUGCAGGAGCAGGAGGAGCGCCACCUGAACCGCGCUGCCAGUCUCAAACGCCAGAUCGCCCAGCUGAAGCAGGAGCUGCAGGAAAUGGGCGAGAAGCUGAAGCUCCUGCAGGAUAAGAAGGAGGUCCCUGGGGUGAGGGGUCCGGAUGAAACGAAAGACCAGGAACCCGGGGACCUGCUGGAGUACCUGCACUCUCAGAUUGACAAGGCUGAGGUCAACACAGGGGCGCGCCUGCCCAGCGAGUAUGCCCUGGUGCCCUUCGAGAGCUUCACGUCGUCCAAGGUGUAUCAGCUGGAGAUGGGACUCACGAGGCACCCAGAGGAGAAACCCGUCCGCAAAGACCGCAGGGACGAGCUGGUGGAGGUCAUUGAGGCCGCGCUGGACAUCAUCAACAACCCAGAUGAGGAGGAUGGGGUGGAGGAUGACGUGCCAAUGCAGCGACAGACUUACACCGAGGGCCACUUCACUGAAGGACUGUACAGGACAGAGAGGGACAAAGGGACGCUUUACGAGCUCUUCUUUGCCAAAGAGGAUUCCAGUAGUUUCCGUCAUGUCACGCUUUUCAGGCCGUUCGGUCCCUUACUGAAAGUCAGGAGCACAUCGAUAGAAACAUCAGGAAUAAUCAUUAACAUCAUUGUGCCGCUGGCAGGCAGAGUAGAAACUUUCUCACAGUUCUUACACAACUUCAGGGAGGUGUGCAUACAGCAGGACAGAAGAGUAUAUCUGACAGUGGUUUAUUUUGGGCAGGACGGCCUACAGGAAGUGAAGGCAUCGUUGGAAAAAAUGUCCAGGGAGGAGAGCUUCUCCAAUUAUACCCUGAUCCCGGUAGAUGAGGAGUUUUCACGUGGUCGGGGUCUGGACAUUGGCGCCCAUGAGUGGAAGAGAGGCGACGUCCUAAUGUUUUUUUGUGAUGUUGACAUCCAUUUUACACUGGAGUUCCUUAACACCUGCCGUCUGCACACUGCUCCAAAUAAGAAGGUCUUCUAUCCAGUGGUGUUCAGUCUGUACAAUCCUGCCAUAGUCUAUGGAAACGCGGAGCUGGCUCCACCCAUUGAACUUCAGCUGAUUCACAAAAAAGAUGCUGGAUUCUGGAGAGAUUUUGGCUUUGGAAUGACGUGUCAGUACCGUUCAGACUUCUUGAAUAUUGGAGGAUUCGAUCUGGAAGUCAAAGGCUGGGGGGUAGAAGACGUCCACCUGUACAGGAAAUACCUUCGAAGUGACCUGAUAGUGAUCCGAACGCCCGUGUCGGGUCUCUUCCACCUGUGGCACGAGAAGCAGUGCGCGGACGAGCUGACGCCGGAGCAGUACCGCAUGUGCAUCCAGUCCAAAGCCAUGAACGAGGCCUCCCACUCCCACCUGGGCAUGCUGGUUUUCCGCGAGGAGAUCGAGUCUCACCUACGCAAGCAGGCCUUCAAGACGCAGAGCAAGACUGAGGACUGAGCGCCCCCAGUUGCCUGUUGUCGUACCGACGUGAAGACUGUGAGGCGCCGGCGGCGCCACAACAAAGACGUGUUUACGUGGGUCUUUCUGCAUUUCACUGCACAGCUGUAGACAAAUGAAUGUACGAAAAGCACAUUGAUCGAUGUGAAACUUCACAACAUGGUUCCACUCUUAGAAGAGCUACAGCAGUAGCAAACAAAACCAAAUGAUCAAAUCUGUCAUGAGUAACCUGCAUUGAAAUAUUUGAGUUAGCAUGCAGUUCGCUUUGUUUAACCAUGUUACCUGCUACGAAGCAGCUAGUUCCUUGUCUUCUCUGCUGCGUAACUACCAGUCAGUGGUGAGCAUCCUCACCAGUGGUUUCCAGCUGUUUCACAUGGUCCUGCAUUCCAGAACAAUAUACUGAAGGUUGUGAAAUACAACCAGUGUUCAUGUUUGAAGAGUUUGGAACAGCAACUGAAGGCUAAUAUGUCUUAACUUUAAAACUAAGUAUUAGCUGUUGAUGAAUAAUUUGCAACGUUGCACUUUCUCACAAUAGAAGUUAAAGAAAUGUUUUUUGACACGAUAUAAACCUGAACGUUUUUACUUCCUCAGCUUUGUCAAAGUGUGUGUAUAAAGUUGGAGUUGUGUUGUGAGUGUGUGUGAGGGUAAAAGGGACCUUUCAGGACGGUGACCGCCUUCCUUCGCUGUUGAUGAUGACUGCUUUGAUGGGAUCAGAAUCAUCAGCAUGUUGCUCCAGUGAAACCAGGAGCAAAGAUCUGCUUCUAGCAUGAGAUCAGGUCUGUCGACCAGUAUUAAUGUUGAAAUAACAGACUUGUCAUUUCCGCUCAAUGAGUCGCUCUCAGAUUCCCAAUAUUCGACUGAGAUUGAAUGUUCCACUUUUGUAAAUACUUUAGCGUUCUUCUGUUGUACCCUUCUGUCGCACGUGCCUACAUGCUUAAAGUGAUGUAAAACGUUGAGCGGAUUCUUCUGAGAGGUUUUGUAGCUGUGGGCUUGUUCAUUGGAUUGCGUCUCAUAAUGAGCACAGCUGGGGAGCGGCGUCGUAGAGUAGAGGCCUAAUGCUAAAGCCGUGAACAUGUUCGUAGAGCAGGAAGGAAGCGCUUUGUUUGUCUCACUAUGAAAGCAGGUAAUACUUGCGUCUCAUUCCUGUACUGUAUUCUUUUUCAAAUCAAUAACUUUGCAAAUAACACCUUUUCUGUAGAUAGUUUUUGACUCUCCUUACGUUGAAGGACAAACGUUACGUGUCUUCCUCAGCAGUAAGUAACGGUUCACACACAGCUUGUGGGAGGAAAUGGUUUAUUUUUAAAUUUUGGCCAUGAAAUAAAACUUAUCAAAGGCUACCA